UAUUAUUUUAAAAACACCUGUCAAUUAUCUUCCAAAAACACUACCUAGCACUGUUUUGCGAGGAAAAACAGUCUUGUGUCUUUUUUAUUAGUUGCAGAGCAGGAGAAGUUUUUGUCCUUAGCUUUAAUGAAAGGAUGAAAUUUAUUCUUCAGCAUCAAGCAUCGAGAUCCCAUUAAACCAUGAACUCUAAAACCUUCCCAUUUCUCCCGUAAAUAUCUUACAAAACCCUAACCCAAAAAACUGGGGGAGGACUACCAUAAACACUAUCCCAUAGCCAGGACUGCAUCAGCCUUCUCCUUAAUUUUUCCAGCACCCAGAAACAACACCACGCCACUAGCAACAAACACCAGCCGCUUCGCUAUUCCAGUUCAAACCAAGCCCAGCUCUUCUUUUCUAUUUCCUCAGUAGCCAUAAACACAACAUCAGUUGGCCAUUUAGAUCACCUCGCCUGCAGCUUUGUUCCUGGAGAAGAAGAUUGGAACACAAAAAAAUCUUAACCGAGAGCAACAACAGAGGAAACGGUUAUAAGCUACCAUCUCUUUACAAUCCAAAGACCAGGUUCAGAAACCCAGCAGCACGAUUUUCCACUUUUUCCUUCCUUUUUGCUGAAAUCAAUGUUUUCUACCUCUCCCUCACCUCUUUUAAAUGGCAGUCCCUGCAACAAAGUUCCAGAGGUUCCAGCACUGACAUCUCCUCCACCAGCUCACAUCCAUCGGACAGCAGCUUCUUCUUUUCUACGCCAGGAACGGCUGCACUGUUGUCUUCUCAGCCAUAUAUAUAGCUCUGCACCAGCGUAGCUUCUCCACAGCAAACAACAGCACAGCCUCCAGCUGCAACUUACCUCCCUUGUUCCAGUAGAGCAACACUAGCAUCACAACACAGCACCAGGAUCCAUAUUUUCCUUCUAUUCACAGCGACUAAACAGCAACCGAUCUCUCCACACCUUCAGCUCCUCUGUCCAUAACAACCAUGGCAGCACCAGUUGUGGCUGAGAAAUCAUAGCAGCCUUUAAUCCAGCACUACCAGCAACAGCAACAUCUAAUAAGCUACUUCCAGCACAGCAGACUCAAAGUUCCAGCAGAGCAGUAACACCAACAGGAGUUUCAACACUUUAUUUUCUUCAUAGUCCAACAACCCAUCACAUCUUCUCCAGAUCCAGAAGUGUGAGCCUCCAGCAGCGUCAGCAGCAGCUCAGAUCAUCCUCCAGCAAGUCUUCAGCAGCUGAACCGUGAAUCUCCACAACCCAGCCCCUGUAGCCGAUUGUCCUUCACGCUGACAACCUCUCCAGUAGCAGCAGCGAACCUCUCUAGCAGUAGCAGUUUAAGGAAGAAGCAACUACAACAGAUUCAUUUCAGGCUGAGAGUAGCAGUUUGAGGGACUCCACCUUUACUGUCAAAGCUGAGGAAGCCUGCCAUUUUUUGCAGCAAGAUCCACAUUUGUUUUUGCAGGCACUUUUGGAUGAAAGAUGCAAAAAUGAGUAAAUUGGAGAUAAUUGGCAGAUUUGACCUUCAGUCGAUGUUUUGUGCAGAGCGUGAGCUCUAGAGGUUGAAAUGAAGUGAUUCUAGUGGCAUUAAAAAGCUAACAUCCAUACCUUUUUGUACAUCUAAGGCAAGAAAAUAAAAUAAGAAAAAGCAUGGAAAUCGCAGCUUUCAAAGUCAAAUCUCGCAAUCUGCCAGUGUUGACCUUCAGCCAUUCCGACUUGAAUAUCUGGAGCUACAGAAGUCCAAUUGAUGCAAACUCAAUGUUUUUGGAUUCCUGACUCAACAUCCUAUAAAUUCUCCAAAUUUCAACCAACAAAUAUGUCAUAUGAGGGAGAUAUGAUUUUUCAAAGAUGACAACUGAAUUCUGCCAGCAAACAGGUUUCGUGAAGAAACAAGUCCAAAUUACGUUCCGAAGCAUCUAAACCGAUAUCCAAGUUUUUUUUCAGCAAUUUAGCUCCUCAAAGCUUGAAGAUUUCAUACAAGGCUAUUUCUCCUUUUUUAGGAAAAUAGUUAUUGAAGUAUUUAAAUGUAAACAGUCUACUUAAGGGAGAACUAUUUUGUAAAAUAGAGACUAGGGUUUCCUAGGAUAUAAAAAGAAUGAGAGAAGAGAAGGGGGGCAACCAGCCAAGAGGAGAAAAACGCCCCCCUCUAAGAAACUCGAAUUUAUGCAUUAUUCCUUCUUUUUAAUUAGGUGUUCAACAAACAUGCAAGGCUAAACACUUUUUCUUGGUUGCAAGGACACGGAAACCUUCGGAUUUCAAGAACUAUGAGAUUUAUUUUACCUUUUCUUUUCAGUUUAUAUGAUGAAUAUGUUUGUUCUCCUAUGCUUAUUUUUCCUAUGAUUGUUUAUUUUAAUUGCUAGAGCGGACUCUAAGUUAUUAUUGUAGACAAUCUAUUGCUAAGUUUGAUAUCAAAACCGGAGUUGUGGUAUAUGAACUUGUGAAGCAACUGAGUUUAAUAAUUGUGGCGGAUCUACGUUAUUAAUCUUAGGGAGAACAUUCAAUCAAAUCAAACAUAGACUGCGAACAGUUAUGUUUUCUUAAUUAAUCAACUUAUCUAGUUCUUAAGACUGCCAUUGAAUUAAAUUACUAGUGCGGACACUGUGGUUGUUUGAUGGUUAGGGUUAGUUAUACGGCGGAUCCGUUAACUAACCAAUGUUAAGAAGAGAUAAAUAUUCAGAAUAUAAAUUGAUGUUUCGUUUCCAUGAUCAGUUCUGAUUUCUGUAGGUGGAUGUGUGCUUGCGACCAAGGUUUGUUCUCUUGAUAAUUUUCUGAUUUUAUUAAAUUUUGUUUGAUAGUUUUCUAUUUUCUUUUGCUUUAGCCUAUAUAACGUCCAAACCCCCCCCCCAAAUUGCAUAUCAUCUAGCAUUAAAUCCUGACUUGAACCUUCCUCGUGGGAUCGACCCCUUGCUUGCUCUAUAUUAUCUUGUGUGUUGUGUUUGAAGCUAGGGUAAUUAAUUUGUGUGACCGCGACAUCGCAACAAAUUUUAGCGUCGUUGUCGGGAAAGUAAUUUCAGUUGAUUCUUGUGCUAUUAUUUUUAUUUUCUGUGAUUGUUGUUUCUUUUUCUGAAAAAAAAAAAAGAAUUUUUGCUUGCUGCGGUAUUGUUCAUUACGGCAGCGGUACUGUUCAAAAUAGAUUUUUUGGUGGAAUUAGGUAUCAGCCUUUUGUUUUCUAAAGGGAAACGACGUUCUAAACAGGACUAAUGGUAUACCACUAGCCCCACCCUAUCGAGGCCAAAUUCCGCUCUUUUCUAGGGUUUUUAGGCAGUUUUAGUUUUCUACUAUAGGAUUUUCGUACAAUUUACAUUGUUUUUGAUCUGUUGUGUGGUUGGUUUCUUUUGAGUUUUCUUGAUGAUUUAUGCCAGUAACCCGUUUUACUAACCAAAGUCAAGUGCAGUUGGAUCUCGAAAUAGAAAAAACUUUACGCAGGUUACGAAAUGAAGCUCGUCUCAACACCAUGGUUGUUGCACGACAACAAACACUCAAGGAGCUUGCUGGUCCUAACGUGGAAAAUCAGCCAUUGUGCAUAAACAUCGACAAUAAUGUAAACUUUGAGCUCAAAUCUGGUUUUAUACAUUUGCUACCAACAUUUAAUGGUCUUGCAGGUGAAGAUCCUCAUACUCAUCUCAAGGAGUUUCAUAUGGUUUGUGUUGGCAUGAAACUAAAUGGAGUUGACAAAGAACAGGUUAAGUUGAAAGCUUUCCCUUUCUCUUUAAAAGGGGCAGCAAAAGCAUGGUUUUUCUCUAUUCUCCCAGGUUCCGUUGGAACGUGGAAUGCCAUGAAGAAGAUUUUCCUUGAAAAGUAUUUCCCAGCAUCUCGAGUUGCCAACAUAAGGAAAGAAAUAUGUGGGAUUCGACAAUCUCAUGGAGAGACACUUUCCGAGUAUUGGGAAAGAUUUGAGCAACUGUGUAUUCAAUGCCCUCAUCAUCAAAUACCCGAUCAGCUGCUCAUUCAAUAUUUCUAUGAAGGAUUAAUGCCUACUGACCGUAGUAUCAUUGAUGCUGCAAGUGGAGGGGCAUUGGUAGAAAAGACACCUGAGGCUGCACGCCAAUUGAUCUCAAACAUGGCAGCCAACUCGAAACAAUUUGGAAUGCGUGGAGACUUCGCAAACAAACAAGUAAAUAAGGUAACUAUUUUUAACCUUGAAAAUAAAGUUAAUGAUCUUACUUCUCUUGUGCGUUCUUUGGCUUGUGGAGAUGUACAGCAGGUGAAAGUUUGUAGCAUAUGUUCCUUAAAAGGACAUACCUCAGAUAUGUGCCCAACAAUGCAAGAAGAUUACAUUGAACAGGUUCAUGCAGUUGAUGGAGGAUUCAACGGACAGUCCCAACGUAAAUAUGAUCCUUUUUCCGACACGUACAAUCCCGAAUGGAGGGAUCAUCCAAACUUAUGUUAUGGGAACCCACCUCAACAAGGCAAUCAAGGCCGACAGUUCCAUCCCAAUGGAUUUCAGCCCCAACAGAAUUAUCAAGCAAGACAACCCCCUCCAUUCACAAACUCCAAUGUUCUAGGGUCGUCAUCCAGUGAUGAUCUUCGUGAGAUGAUGAAAACUUUGGCUUCUAACACUGUGACCUUGCAACAAAAUAUCAUGUCUUUUCAACAGGAAACAAGGUCAGGUAUUCACAACUUGAAAAAGCAAAUGGGGCAAGUAGCUUCAAGUGUGGGGAAAUUGGAAGCACAAAUAAAUGGAAAAUUGCCCUCCCAAACAUUGAAUUCAAUAGAGAAUGUUAGUGUGAUCAUGCUGCGAAGUGGGAAAGAACUUGAAGAGAAAAGGUCGAAACAAAUUGAGAUGGAGGAAGAAGAAGAGAUAGAAACCGAAUUGAGUACAAAGAAGGAACAUCAUCCUCCUCUACAAAGUGUUUUCUUUUGCUUUAGCCUAUAUAAUGUUCAAACCCCCCCCCCCCCAAAUUGCAUAUCAUCUAACAUAAAAAUCUGACUUGAAUCUUCCUCGUGGGA